UCGCGACGCGUUCGCUUCGAUUUUUUGUCCCGGACCGCGGUGCAUUUGCAAUCCCCGCGAUUGACAAACAAUACAAUAGCAAAACAAAGUUGUACUCCAACAAAAACAAGAAAAAGAAAAAAACGCGCAGCAAAUUCAACUAUUUUUAGCGGAUUACCAGCCAAGUGAAGUGUAAUGAAAUGUGUACAGCAGCCAGAAACUAACAACCUGUCGCAGUGGCUGGCAAAAAGCGUUAACAAUAAAUAAACGAAACAAUACCAACGCCAGUUCAACUGUAUAACAAUGAGGAGAGAAGGCACCUCGAGGAAUUGCUAGUCGGUUGCGUUGUCCAUUAGCAGUCAAUCAGCCGAAGAGUCGAGAGGAGAAGAGCCAGCAGAAGAUACAGAUACAGCCAGAGGAAGCAGGAGGAGUACCGAUACAGAUACAGGAUGCACGAGAGACAAGUGAAGAAGUUGAAGGGCAGCCAUUAUGUGGCCACGCACGGUCGCCUCACCCCGGAUCCGCCCUACGUCCACUCGAACCGGGGCUACUCCACCGACGGCGACGAGACCCACUCCCAUCGAGCGCCCUCGGAGCGCACCUAUUCGGAGUACACCCUGACCCACGAGCGCAUCUCGCCGCAGUACAAUCCGUCGCGCAAGAAGCGCUCCUCCUCCGCCAAUGGCCACCACCAGCACCUGCAGAGCAGCUACAGCCACAGUCAGAUGGGCCUCUCCAGUUCGCCGGACAACGGAGGACCCCGCUCGCUCAGCGGCCCGCCGCCCACGCGGCAGCCACCGCGUGCUCCGUCCGCCCUCAGCUACGACCAGGCCGGCGAUGCCGGCAGCGACAUCUAUGUCACCAGUGCCGCCUACAAGGCGCCCUCCGAGAUCAGUCGCUACAGCCAGCGGCCGGUGUCGCGAGGAGCUCCGCGGAGUGUCUACUCGGUGGCCAGCACUGCUAAGACCGGAAGGAGUGGGCGCUCGACGACCAGGAGGGGCGCCAAGAUCGAGACGAUGUCCGCCCCGAAUCCAUUUUGUCCCAAUGUGAAGGGCGUGUGCUGCCUGAUGCUGCUGCUGAAUUUGGGCCUGAUCCUGGUCACCCUGGGAUUCGUGAUCGUGGUGCAGUUCUACGAGCCGCUUUACGUGUGGAUCCUGGGCAUCGUGUUCCUGAUCUUCGGCUUCCUCACGCUGAUCGGCUGCAUGAUCUACUGCGUCUAUGUGUUCCGGGACGCCAAGACGCCGUCCCAGGUGCGAAACGAGGAUCUCUACUGGACGCGGCACUGGCAGAAGAAUAUUGGGUACACGCCGCAGGAGAUCAACUACAAGGCGGACAAAUAUGAUGCCUACUCCGAUCGCUAUUCGGUCAGCAAGCUGAGUGGAAAAUAUUCGGAUCGCGAGAGCCAGCGAUACUGAUUGAUUGUUAUAUACGGUUUGAUUGGGGGAUCCUUCAGCCAGAGACGAGAGAAAAUAUCCAUAGAAACGUAUAAACCACUUAUAUCUUAACUAAUUGUAAGACUAUGUACUAGUUCUAAACGGUUAUUAACAAGGCCCCGCAACGUA